CAAGCGUAACGUAUCGACAAGCAACUGAACGAACAAACUCGACCGAUGGAGAAGCCAAAAGAAACUUCGGCGUCGGAGCCCGUCUCAUCCGUGAAGCUCCCAGAAAAUCGAUUUGCACUGGAGCUGGAAUUUGUCCAGUCCCUUGCUUCUCCUGCAUAUCUGCACUAUCUGGCGAGUAUGUCGAACGACGAAGGUCAAUCCCUCCUUUUAGACCCUCGAUUUAAAGCCUUUUUACAGUAUCUACAGAAGACAUGGAGCAAUCCUGAGUAUAGCCGCUUUAUAACCUACCCGCACUCUCUAUAUUUCCUUGAAUUACUGAUAACCAACGACGCAGUAUGCCGUGAAUUGGCGCAAGUCUCCUUUAGAAACUUUUGCCAUCAACAACAAUACUUCGCAUGGCAGAAUCGAUUUCUUACAUUGUAUGGUGGAGGGGAGAAAAAAGAAAGUGGGGAAAAAAUUAAAGACGAAUUGCCAGCCACAGCUACAGGUCAGCCUGACGUUGCGAUGACUCCGACAUGAAGUGACGAAGAGCCUCCUAGCUUUAGAACAAGAAGCUAAUUUAUAUUUCGAACGGCAUAAAAUGAUUUAUUUCUGAUCUGUUUGAAUUUGCGUCGGGAGUCUAUAGAUAUUGUGGCGAUCAGUAGGAUCACUCCCAAUUGAAAUCUAUGUAUCUGUCCCAUUAAUUCCGCCACCCAUUGUUCUCUAAGACAAAGAUCGUAGCCUUUGUGACGAUCUUUCUCUGGUGAAGGCUGAAUCGAGGCCUUCCUUGCUGGACAUGAAUUACUUUAAAAUCCAAUGGUGAGACAAUUUCUGGAUCUUCCACUAUCAGGUGCGUAAACUUUUCGUACCCGCUGCUCCUUUGCUCCCCCACGGUGUUCGUAACUUCGUAGCCAGCCUUGCUGAACUUCCAUUCGAAACUUGGGGUCUUCAUUUGCGCUGCCCGCUGUCCAAAUAAAGAAACCCCCGACAUGGCAGCAGCGACAUCGAUAUGUACAUAGAGUGGAGAGAAGCUUUCGUCAGAUGAUAAACUAGCACUCUGGACGUGCGAAGACAGUGCGCUGAGGGCGUCACCUCCACUGUAGUUUGAUGUGCUGGUGGCUACAAACAUCAAACUGCCAGCAAGGGUCAGAAAUAUGCACAUUAACCCACAUCCGAAACCGAAUCUCGCAAUCCAAGAGACAAAGUAAGCUUUGCCUUUGUGCUUAAGCAUGGGAGGAUAUGCAAAAUAAGCUAGCUUAGACAUCCCAACAGCUGCUCCCAAAUUCAAAAUGGGCAAGGCGGGGAAUAUGAAUCGAGUUUCCUUAUGCCCCAAGAAUGAAUAUAGCACGAUAAAUCCAAGGAUCGGAAGCAUAAAUCGUAUCCACAGCGUAUCCAACCAAAAAUCUACCCCUUCGCGACGUUUUGUAUCGUUUGGUGACUGCCUCAAUUUCUUUUCAAAGUCUACGAGAUUUUCUACAAGUGGGAAUAUUGACAGCGGCACCAACAAUAAUGUCAGCAACAUAGACUUGGGCAAGGCAUUCGUAAAGUACCAAUGCCACGGGAACAAACCCCAUUCCUUGGACUUCCCGAGGAUUGUGUUGAAAUAGAAAACCUCCCCUUCAGGCCAUAGAGGACGUCGCCAUAACAGACUAUCUAGAGGGACCGUUAGCAUCAGAGACGCAGCACCCGUUAAAACCCCAAUCUUCAAUGCGGUGUUGACAGAAAGUUCUCGUCGAAAGAGCCACGAUAAUCCCAGGGUACCCAAGAGGAGGAGCAAAUCACACCGAAAGAUCGCAGUCCCAAAAACAAUUAGAGCAGCUGCAGAUUCCACUUUUCUCUCUACCCAAUACGUGUAAGAUUGUAAGACAAUCGCCAAUGCAAAAGUGUUUGGAAGCAUCCUGCUUGAAUAGAACGGUAUGUGGAAUUGACACGCUGUGAUCGCCAACAACCACGACCCCAUUGUCAUUAGCUUGUUCCCUGUUCCCCACGGUAGAGAUGAAGAGGUUGCAGAUAUUCUAUCAACUGCCAAGGCAAACCGUAGCCACCCCAAAUAAUUGAGAGAUAGCAGGCAAAGACGAGCCAGAAAUUGUACCACAUUGGGGUCGACAUCAAUAUUCAGUAGUGAGCAUGGUAGCAAAAUGAUGCGACAGAGAAGUGAUAGUAUGGCCGGCCCUGUAAACGUUCGAGGAACGACUGAAAAAAAGGGGGAAAACGACGCAGGUAAGACAAGACUUCGAAUAUAUUGGAAUCAUUAAUGCUUUAAUAGUAUUACACGGCAAAGUUCUCCCUCAUUAUCCCAUACAUCCUCUUGUUAUAGUCAACGAUAUAAGCCACAAGCAUUUUUUCUCUUCAAAUCCAACCUACCCCCCGGAUAUUGCAAAUGGUCGUAUGGAAGAUACAAUGAUAUUGCUCCAUUAUUAUCAGCAUUCGCAACGUUUGAAUCUUCGAUCUCAUUCCAAACACUGGGGAAUCCUGCUCUUAUAGAGGGUCCGAUCCCGUAAUAAUAUAAAUCGUGCGUU